UCUUCUCUCUCUCUCGGUGAAUAAAAAGCGCAAAAAAGGCCCGUUGAAGCGAAAACCGCGCGAGCGCGCGUGUCCGCCUGCAGAUUGACGCGAGGGACAACAAAGACAGAGCGACGGAGAGGGAAAAACAGGAGACGAGGACGCAAGCAUAUAUCGGUGUUCUCUCUCCUAGUCUAUGGCGAGUGCAUUCGCGCAACUAUACUCCCGCAGUUCAGUCUCGCUUUUUCGCGUGUGCAGGCUCCGCCGCGUCAGCUUGGCUCGAGUAGAGCUUCUCUCCGAGAUCGGAUGCGGCGCGUCCGUUGGAUCUUCCUGCGCGAAGAGAGAAAAACGAUUGAAUACAUAGUGUAUAGGCAGUGCUCAUAGGGCUACGGAAGAGGCAGACUGCAGCGCACACGCACGAAUAAGAAGAAGAGAUCGCAGUGUCGCUGGCGGUGUCUGUGUGCGCGAGUGUGCGGGGCACAGGAGGUUGCAGCAGGCGUUUUUCAGCUGUUCGCGCAGCAGCAGCAGCAGCAGCAGCAGCAGCAGAGCAGAGUGUUUUUCUCCCUCUCCCAACUUCCCCCCUGCGUUGAGGCUCUACUGGUGCUGCUGCCACUGCCUGGUGCUGCUGCAGCAGCUCGUCACAUGAAAUCUCCGCCCCCAUCAUCUCGCGCGCGCUGCGCGGCUGCUGCUGCUGCAGCUUUCGCCCCCAAAUCUCUGGAGGGCCACAAUAAGUACAGCUGAAGAGUUGUCGAGUGUGUGCUCAGCCGAGCCGACUGUGUGCGCGUGUGCGUGGAGGAGGAAAUCAAGACGAGCGGGAGAAGGAGAGAGAGAGAGAGAGGAGACAACAGGAUGAUGAUGCAGUGCUGCUACUGCUGCAGGAACGCGAGAAAUUCGCAGGGUGAAAGUCGAGCGGCGACAGCGGCGACGGCUGCUCCUCCGACGUACGAAUUAUAACACACAUAUACGUACUCUCUCGUCUCCCGCCUGCUGUGUGCGUGUAUAAGUAUAUACGUCCUCUCCUCAAAAAGUCAUCGUGUGUGCCACCGCCGCCGCCGCCGCGCUAAUCUGCUUUGUGUCUCUCCGCGAAAGAGCGAGGAGCACUCUGUCGGUGUAACCGUUUUUUGCUCGCUUCGCCGUCCGCUCGCGCACAGUGAUUCUACAGUGCGUCUCACGCUGUUUUUCUCUCGGGAUCAGCCGCACGAGCAAGGGUUCAGCCAGUUGCUCGAGAAAUGAUUUGAGAAGACAGCGCAGCUCGCUCGUAAUCAGAAAGAAGCUAUCGCAGAGCUGUUCGCGAUGGCAGAUGACGAGGGCACAGAGUGGCUGCACGACUUGCUGCACGAUGUCCAGCUAUCUCAGUUUUUCACCAGAAUCAGAGAUGAUCUUCAAGUCACUCGACUGCAUCACUUUGACUAUGUGCAAACUGAAGAUCUGGAGAAGAUCGGACUUGGCAAGCCAGGUAUCCGGAGGUUGAUGGAUGCUGUGAAAAAGAAACGCACUGCACAGUGGAAAAAGAGCUUGAUUACAAAGAUCAGACCAGGCAGUGAUAAGAAAAGCAACAAACGUGCCUCGCAGCCUGUUGAAAAUGCAUCUGUCCUGACAUGUUUGAUACAAGAUAAAGAUGUCACAUUGUCAGUCAAACUUGGGGAUGGAAGCUUUGGCGUUGUCAGGAGAGGUGAAUGGACUUCUCCAACAGGAAGAACACUGCCAGUUGCUGUCAAAGUUUUGAAAGCAGAUGCCUUAAACCAGCCAAAUGUUGUUGAAGACUUUGUAUCCGAAGUACAAUCCAUGCACAUGUUAGAUCAUCACAAUCUCAUACGACUAUACGGCGUCGUGUUAUCGCAGCCGAUGAUGAUGGUCACAGAGUUGGCGCCGCUCGGUGCACUCCUCGACUACCUGCGCAAGCAGUGCGGCCACAUCUCGGUGUUGACCUUGUGCAACUACGCUCUGCAAGUGGCCACGGGUAUGGCGUAUCUUGAAGCCAAGCGAUUCUUGCAUCGCGACCUGGCCUGCCGCAAUGUUUUGCUGAGCUCUGUGGACAAGAUCAAGAUUGGCGACUUUGGCUUGAUGCGAGCACUGCCGCAACAGGAGGACUGCUACGUAAUGACUGAACACAAGAAGGUGCCAUUUCCCUGGUGCGCACCGGAAUCGCUCAAAGCUCGACAGUUCAGUCACGCUUCGGAUGUCUGGAUGUUCGGGGUUACCCUUUGGGAGAUGCUGACUUUCGGAGAGGAGCCUUGGGUCGGGCUAAACGGAUCGGAGAUACUAAAAAAGAUCGACAGGGAAGGAGAGAGACUGCACGAGCCCGAGGCCAGUCCCCCGGCGAUGUUCCAGCUUAUGCUUCACUGCUGGGCGAGGGAUCCUGCCGAAAGACCAACCUUUGCAUCCCUCAAAGAAUCUCUCACUGGUAUGGUACCUUCAGUGAUGAAAGCUCUAAACCGCUUUGACGAGCCAGAUAAAAUGAUGAUUGAGCAUGGCGAUCAAAUAGUCAUAAUUGACGGACGACCUGAAAACUAUUGGUGGAAGGGUCAGAAUCAAAGAACGUUCCAAGUGGGAGUAUUUCCUCGUUGUUUAGUAGAUCCAAUGCGUAAGAAACAACCGGAGGAUAUUAGUAAACCCUUGGAGAACUCGUUUAUACAUACCGGGCAUGGAGCACCGUUUGGAAAGAGCUGGGGUAGCCCAAUCUUCAUCGACGAUGUGUACUUGAGAAAUCCCAUGGAACCACCGGAUGUUGUUGGGGUGACCGAGUGCAGCGCUAUUAAAAAGUUUCCCAGUGCUGCUCAGUCUCGUACGCGCAAACAGUUUAAUUAUACCAAGUUACAGAAUGAUUUGAGGGGCAGUCCAGUUAAAGUACCUAAUACUUCAAUAGCACGAGGCAAUAGUCAAGAAGGAACUCUGAUUGAUUUAUCUCCGGAAGAGUUAGCUAACGCGGCAGCUCUGGCAGCCGCUCAAUUGGAAAAUGGCAGUACUGCUUGUCGCCGUGUCGUUAAUAUUCUAGAUGAACCAAUAGAUGCCGAACGCGCAAUGGCAGGAGCCAUACAACCGGAGUAUUGGCCAGAAGAAGACCCGCGAACGUACGCCAAUUGUCCAGAGAACAACGGCGUGGCUGCAGCAGGUCCCUCUUCUAUGCCUGAUCCAUUUGACACUUCCAGAGUAUUUACGAAUCCACCACAGUCAAGGUAUUACAGCCAAGUGACGCCUGAUUUGCCGCCAAACAAUUAUUACUCAACAGCUAUUGCCCAACCUCCGCAAGACCAGGCGUCACAGCAAUCUUACGGCAACGUGCAAGAGGAAGUGAACAAUGCAACAUCCCUGCAGCAUUCUCUUAAUCUGAAUAAAGACAUACGCAAUGAAAACACGAAUCUCAACGUUAACGUCAACGUUAAUGAUAGCAAUGGUUAUUCAGGCAGUGAUCAUUAUAGUGAGAUAGAUAAAGCGGGUACUUCGAGCCCUAGUCCGAAUCCUCAUAGUUGGCCAGAAGAUUUACAAGAUGGUGAUCCGCAAACAACGUAUGCCAAUGUUGUGAGUCGAGGCUUGCCGAUUGUUCCGGCACCACCGCCUCCACCCGUAGGACCGAACGAAAGUCCUACGAAGUCUAAAAAAAACGUUGAUAUUGCGCAAAACAUGGCAGAAUUGGUAAUCGAUGCUAAGAGCCAAGUUUCGCCAAAGAAGCUUGAUCCGGUAUUCUUAGCAGAGUUGGAAAAGCACCUCGGAGAAAAAGAAGCGACGAAAAAUACAAACGCCAACCCCCAGCAACCUCUGCAACAACUUCAGCAGAUGCAGCCCCUGACGCCUGUCGCGGUUCCAGUAGCAUCCGUAGCUCCGUCAAACAUUCCAGUCGCUGCUGCUUCACCUUCUACGUCUUCUAAUAAGCCACCCGACAAUACUGUGAUUCCGAUGCUGCGACCACCACCACAGUCUAUCAAGUCUAAAUCACCGAACGGCGAGCAACGUGGUAGUGGAACUAGUUUUAAUUUUCCUAACAAGGUACAGAACUCAUGGCCAUCCAAGAGCACGAAUAUUCAGCGACCAAGAAGUCAGCUCGGUUAUCCAACGCAAUUAACCAGUGAUAAGACUGAGGCGAUGGUCGCGCAAAUGUGGCACCAGAAUCAAACUCAACCUCAACACAAUCAAAACUUGGUAGCCGGAAGUUCUGCGACUUACGCUGGGCACUCCUCUAAUCUGCUGCAGUGCGUGCCAAAUCACGCCCCGAGCAACUUGGAGAACGCGGCUCAAAAUGUCGCAGUUGCGUAUCAACAACAGUUUCCCAGUCUACCGGCUCCCACGCCCUCAAACCUGCAAAACAAUACUCAACCAUCACAUCCUCCAGGGACAAUAACGUCGUCGGGAUUACAACGCCCAGCUUCGAUAGCUGGCACGGUACUUUCUGAACAAGUCUACGCCGAGUUAAAGCAGACUGUUCCGAACCUCGAUCAAUUGUCUCAAAGUGAAUUCAAUACUCUUUACAAUAAAACCGUCCGUCAGAAUAUACUCAGGAGUUAUCACGCCAACAGUACCGCACUAGCUAGCGCAACGUGCAACAGCAUGCACCAAGCUAGCAACUGCGGCCCGGUGAGUCCAUCGCAAAAAAUGAACACUCGACAAACCCUGCCACGCGAGUUCAGUCCAAACCCCAAGCAGCCACCGAUGUACAAUCCUCCGCCACCUUUCUCGCCUCUGAAACCGGUUCAGAAUGGUUUCGUGCAGAACCAAACCCAGUCUCCUCAAGCUGGACAACACGGAAAAUUGAACGUCAACGCCAGCCCCAAUCUCAUGCAAUUCACGCCUACAAGGCCUCAGUCAUCCAACCAGCAAGCACAACCCGGGGCUGCGCGUAGCCUUCUUCCCCAGCUGAACGAAACGACGAUAAACACGCAGCUAGGACCGGGUCCAUCGGCGUAUCCCAGUGGAGUGAGCCCGCCACUGACUGGCGCUUCGCAGCAGCUCGUUAUGUCAUUAAACGACGAGUUCCGCGCGAGUAAAGUGAUGAAGGUUCAACAGGAGGCCCAAGACGCAUCGCAGCAAGAGGCUUUGGCGGCUCUACAAGCUACCGGCUGGGAUGCUUCUCAGGCUGCCAAACAAAUUGCCAAGGAUCGACUUAUCAAAGUCGAGACGCUUCUUAGGCUUGGACUUGCCAAUAGACAGCAAUGCGAAAGCGCAUUGAAGCAGACUGAAUUCGACGUAGAUCUAGCUGCCUCUCUUCUUUUGGAUCGUGCGAGGUGAACCCGAGAAUCAUUUUAGAGCUUAUUAUAUACAAAGUUUAUCAGUAGCCAAGAAUUAUUGUAAAAAAUCAAGUGGCCUGCACAACGUGAAGAUUCACCAAAUAUUGCGAGGUAGGGUCCUAAACUCGACCUCAGCUAGGCAAUGUAAGAUUUUAAGAACUUUGGGAGAAAAGGAGAGAACAUUUAGCGAGGAAGCUCGAGUAAUGGAUCGAACUGAAUAUGUUUAUUGGCCCCUACUCUGGCUUUUCUCUAAGUUACUCGCGGAUUUAAUGUUUAAUCUCAAUCCAAGUUACAAAUAAUAGACGGACAGAAACUAAAAAGUUUAACAAUUAACGUACGUGUAAUUUCUAGUAUGAAAAACACAAAUCUGAGCAUGAUCAAAAAAGCUUUAUAAAAAGUUCUUUUUAGAAAAAUUACUGACUUUAGUUUAGAGACUUGAAAACUGGAGAGUCGUGCGCUCUGGAGAGUGAUUCAAGAGAUUAGUUUUCCUUUCGUACUUAAUUCUUUGUCUACAUAAUUGAAUAAUCUUCGAUGUCUUCUCUGGUAAUUAUAUUUAGUGAUUCAUGAAUCAAGUAAAGUGACUUUGAUUGUUAAGAAGUUAAAUUUGGUUAACGUCUUAAUUGUUAUCGCGUUAAUAAUUUUCGACUACUCAAGAGUGCUUGCUUUCCGUAUGUGUAAGGUUUGGGGAAACACUUUGGAAUACGAUACUGUGAUAUGCGCUACUAAAGGCUCUACGAGUGAUUCCCUCUUGUAACGUUGAUAGUUAUAUCCUUCUAAUUUUGGAUAUGUAAAUAACUUUAGCUUAAAUAUGUAAGAAGGAAAACAAUGAACAAAAUCUGUUUGAGUCAGUUUGAACAGGUGAAUACCCUGAAUCUGCGUACUUGUUCUAUACGCAGUGGUUACAGAACGGAUUGAAGGAACAAAUAGAGCUUACAAUAUAGCUUUGUUUAUUUAAUCGCGAUUGUGAUGUAAUAUUCCAACGCUUUUACUCUGUCAAUUGAUAGUCGGUAAGAAAGAAAAUGUCUCGCAUUAAUUUAUUACUUCGAUUCUUGAAUUAUUGAUGCAACGAACUAAUACUGCAAACGUUGUGUCUCUGUUUGAACAAAAACUGAAUAAUUUUAAGAGGAGACGAGUGCGCGAGUGUUUUUUCCGAUAUUUUACAUGUUAUCACAAUUAUGUUUUAGAUUUUUCUCUAUCACAUUUGAAUUUUUAAUUUAUUAUCUUAUAGUAUUCGUAAAGAGCUUUAAUGCCACGGUCUUGUGCAGUAUUAAAAAUUAAAUACUCUAAACAAAAGGCUAUUAGCGCUACUCUAAAUAAAUAUGCUACUCAAAGUAUUAUAAUGUUCAACUUAGCCAGAUCGAACAUAACGACAGUAAUUAAUGUUCUAAGAUUGCUUCAAUCUUGAUAUAGAAAGCAGUAUUGACGACUAUAAAUUAAUCCAUACAUUUCGUUAAAUAUUCAAGGAAAAAUAGAUGGGAAAAGACACUCGCGCAUUGGUUUUUCCAAUCUAGAGUAUUUGCCAAACUCCCAAGAUUUCCAAUGCAUUAUAGAUAGAUAUAUUUUUAAAGAAAACGAAAUUACAAAUGUAAUUUAUUCGCUCAUCCUCCCUGCGCGUGUCCUCAUUCAUUCACCUGUGGCUCUCAUCCUCUUGCUCUCUCUCUCUCUCUCUCUCUCUCUCUCUCUCUCUCUCUCUCUCUCUCUCUCUCUCUCUCUCUCUCUCUCUCUCUCUCAAUCCCUUCGCCAACGUCCCGCAUAUAUAACGAAAUGCAUCUUGCUGCAACGCCGCGUGUGUCAGUGUACGAGAACAUCAACAACAACAGUGUCUGCUUGUCGUACCCGCAGAUAGGAAGGAGCGACAAGAAGAGAGAGGAGCCGAGUGUGCAACGAGAGAGCUAGACAAUACACUGCCCUUGCGAAUAUCCACGACGACUACGACCUCUCGAGCGCACCCACGCGUUCUUCCGCGACUCGCGACCUUCCAUGGCGGCAGCUCUCCUCCUCCUUUUUCCAAUUUUCCUUUUACCCUAUACUAAUCGCGCUGUACAUACAUAAUAUACGUAAUAAUCUAUUCAUCCGUCUCUCUCUCUCUCUCUCUCUCUGUGUGUGAGUUUUGGCGAGGAGGCGCACGCCGGUGUCGAUGAUCGAUGCUGAUUUCAGAACACGUAUAGAAUUUAACAGCGGCGCGCGUCUUUGAGUGUCUCCACAUCGUUGUUGUGUGUAUUUUAAGAGAAAGAAUGUAUUGUAUACGCAAACUUUGUUUUACGUACCUUCCGUUCACUUCUUAUUGUUCGUUAUGACGAAUUGCUUUCCGAUGCGUUGAGUUUUCUCCUUUUUUUUUUUUUAUUAUUGUAAGUAGGGGAGCGCGUGUAACGCAUAUGCGGCGCUGUGCAAAUAUACGAGCGUGAGACGCAGUGACGAAAAAAGAAAACGAUGUUAACGAUGAUGAUGUUGGUAUUAUCAUGUGCUGGGAGAAUUGUUUCAUUAAUACAUCUACGAUGAAUUAUUGAAAAACGA